UUUUGAAGCAAGUUAUCGCUUUGCGCCGUUAUGGCCGCGCGCCGAUUUGGGCGUUCGCAAAUAUUAUUAUUUUUGUUAUUUUUCUUCAAAAAUUUGUUUUAAAAAAUUUUUCUUAUUUUAAAUUUAAUCGGCCAUUUUCAUCUAUUUUUUGUCCCUUUCCGCUCACAUUACAAAAAAAUCUAUUAAAUUUUUAAUUGCUAUCGCUGUUGCCUGUGUUCUCCUCCUUUCCCUCUUUUCAAAGUUUAAAAAUUCCGAACUGAAAGAAUAAUUUAUUAGAGUGACUGAAGAGGGGAAGGCUUGGUAAUGGACACAUCCAGGCUUGGUAAUGGAUAUGGAUAGAGAUUCAAAAUGAUUCAAAUAAAUUCAAAAUGCCUGCGGAUAUCCGCCUGUAUACGCCGUAAAUACCCAAACACGGAUGCCAAAAUCCAUGCCCAUUACCAGCUCCAGUCACAUCUCUAUUUUAUGUACGUCUUUAAGGAUCGGAGGUCGAUCGGAAUUCCGAUUUCCGACGUUUUUUUCCUUUCGAUUUCUGACUUCCGAAAAUUUAGGCUGAUUUCCGACUUCCGACAGUUCCAAUUUCCGGGACCUUCUUCAUUUCCGAUCGACAUCUAUAAAGGAUGAAAUAAUUAAUUAAAAUUGGGUGUUUCUGAGGCGUACAUAAAAUAGAGGGGUUCGACUUUAACAAAAAAAUUUUUGGAGACUAAUAGAACUAAGGACUAGGAUGGUCAAAUUUUUUGUUAUUCAUGAUUUUAGAUUUGAAAAAUUUACAAAAAUUAAAAAAUUAAUGCCCUAUCAUAAACUAAAAAUAUAUUAAAUUUAAUAAUUCUUUCAAACAGAAAAAUGCAUUGGUUGGUGCAGGAGGCCUUAUAGAAACAAAGAAAAAUAUGAGAGAAUUGAACGAAUAAGAAACAUUAAAAAAAAUAUUUUUAUAAAAUAAAAGAAGAAAAAGAUAGAAUUUCCCGAAUUGAAAUGAUAAAAAUGUUUUGUGUUUUGCGCAUUUCCCCCACACACUCUCUACUUUCUUUUUUUACAAUUUCUCUAACUAUUUGGAAAGUUUUAAGUUUUCCUUUCUUUUUUAUUGUUUCGAUUUUUCUCUCUCCCUCUCUCCAACAAGUUUUUCAAUCCAAUCUUUU